AUGAAGGUCUCGGGGCGUUCCAAGCGCACAGGCGGCCUGUCGAGAGCGGUUGCCAGCUCGCAGGCUCCACCCUGGCGCCCGGGCUUGACGGAAUGGGUGUUCUGCAUUUUCUUCAGCGUGUGCGUUGGAUGUGUUGCAGCCGUCAUCAGCUUCAAGUCCGCGCUCGAAGCGCGAGAGUUCAGACAGAGGCCGGCUUUCCUGGAGCUCUCCAGCGAUGCGCCGCACGGCGCUACCGACGCUACCGACGCUCCCGGCGGCGUGGCGACGCCGGUGGAGCCUGUGGUGGUCGCCAGUGGCGCACGGCCAGGGCUGCUGCCCAAGGCCGUCUGGCGCUCCAAGGCCCCCAACGUGCCGGCCUAUGUCGUUAGCUUGGCCCCGUCCACCUCAACGCCGAGGAAAAACUGCGAGGUCGAUUUGCCCAACUUGGCAGCGACCUUGGGCAAAGAACUCCACAGUGUUCAGGAUAAAAGAAGUUUGGAUCUCGCAGUGGGCGCAUGGAAGAGGCUUCUGGAAGGCCGCAUCCAAGUGGACUACAUGCGGCAAAGACUCUGCAGCCGGAUGAAGGCCUGGUUGGUCGCUUUGACCAAGAUGUCAUGGACGCGACCAGUGCAAGGUGGCAGAGAGAUCACAUCGGCGCUGGUGUGGCCUCAAGCUGCCUAUCUUCAUUUCGGCGUGAAACGCGUGUGGAGCCUGGGUGAGUACACACAGUGGGCUGACCUGUGCGCAGCAUUGGCAACUCUGGGCUUGGAGGUGACCCUUUGGCCUUUCAAAGGGAAGAAAUAUCCAACAGCAAGCAGCUACGAACCCCACCGUUUGGUGUACACCGACUACAAUGGCGUGCAUGCGGGCAAAGGUGCCGGUGUAUUACCUCCGCCCGACAAGACCUGGUUACUGGACACCUUCGGCACCGAUGGCACGGUGGUGCAGCAUGACUUCUUCGGCCGGAUCUCGCCGUUGACGGAAUAUCCUCUCCAUCGCUUUUUGACCCUGGUUCCAGGCUAUAGCAGCCGCAACACUUUCCUUGGAGUUGCGGCCGUGGCUCAGAGUAGCGACCGUGGAUCCAGCUUGCCUCCCCGGAGGUGGCAGUGUGUGCUGUGGAGCAAGGUGCAUCCAUGGUUGGCCGAAUCCAAUGGCUUCCCAGCCUACCAUUGGAAGCUGCUGCGGGAAUACACCAAGUACUGCAAGGUCAUUGCGACGGUGGAUAGCAAGGAUACCUACCAGACGGCAGAGCUGAUCCGCAACUGCUGCCCGGACGUGGAGAUCCGAGAAGUGCAGCCCGAUGCCGAGAAGUCUCCCAAAGAUUUCCAGGAGCUGCUUCUGGGUUCCGCGGUCUAUGUCGGCGUAGGUGAACCGCUGAUCGCUCCGUCCUGUUUCGAAGCUUUGAGCUUGGGCACACAUGUUGUACAGCCACGCUUCCCCGAGCCUCGACAGUUGAAGAACAAACCCAUCACGCAGAAUUGGACGUCUCAACAUCCUUUCCUGGAGCAGGUACCCGAGCCCUACGCCUUUACCGUUGAUCCUCUUGACUUUGAGGCACUUGCAACCACCUUUCGCACCCUGCGACAUGCCUUUGACUCCAUCUACACAGAGGAAAGACCUGUUAGCUUCACUGAUAAGGCACUGCGCGAGUUUUAUAUGUCCGGUGAAUACCCUGGGAGGGAAGAGUUCUCAAUCAGCGGCUUCCUGAAACGUGUUGCUGGCACCGUCACUAAAACGAGGACGCUGGACGCUGCAGAUUGGGAUUGGGAACGGGGAGACCACCCGCAGCAACUGCCCUUGAGGGCUUUCAAAAAGUGA